GUCUCAUUGUCACAUGACUUUUAAUCGGUUAAUAAAAAACUGUACUUCUCCUGGCCGGCCACCGAUCUAUUAUUUUUCUCUCCACUGAAAAACCAUGGGUGCGGGUUUCGCCGUCGGUGUUCUCGGAGUUCUGAUUCUCUCCCACGCAGCCUACUCCACUAUCCAAUACAGGUCCUUUCUCAAAAUAACUGAUGAGCAGUUUUCUGGUCCACCCAUCAAUGUGGUGAUGGAAUUGAUUGUAGGGUUAGUGUUAUGCAUGUGGGCUGCUUUAACUGUGCCUGGAAAGUUCCUUUCCAUACUUCCCCAAUCAGAUGAGAACCGGGUUGUUGCCUUGUCCGACAAUCUAGAUUUUGUGAUUUUCAAUCAUCGUGGAAAAGCAUUUCCUUUGUCCGUUGAUGCCAAGUUGAAGUAACAUAGAGGUGCUCCCGUACUGUUAUUGAACCUAAGAGAUGAAGUCGUGGAAAAAUGUUGGAGGAGAUUUUACCAACAGAUUACAAGAUUGGAGUUUUUGAUAUUGUAAUUGUCGAAUUACCUACAUGGCAUGCUCGUGGUAUAUGGGAAUUUAGUGGACUGCAGAAACAAGCCUUCCCUUUUUAGCAUGUUUUAAGCACACUAUGAUUUGAUGAUUUUAUAGUAAUGUUAUUUUGGUUGUACUUGUGCCUACUCUUUGUGAAGUAGAUUUUGUAAAAAAUGAUGAAAUUUAAGUUUGAAAUUUGAUAAAAGUUUUGGGUUC